AAAGAAGGAGACAAAGCUAAUCCAAAAUCGUUACCAAAAGAAGCUGACGUAGUUGUAAUUGGUGGUGGUUCAAUAGGAUGUAGUGUGUUAUACCAUCUAGCAUGUAUGGGUGUCACAAAUACAGUACUUCUAGAAAAGGACCAGUUAACUGCAGGUACUACUUGGCACAGUGCUGGUCUGUUAUGGAGACUGAGGCCAUCUGACCAAGAGCUUGAGCUCCUUGCACACACUCGCAACCUUGCCCGAGAUGUCCUAGAGAACGAAACUGGGAUAUCUACAGGAUGGAUAGAAAAUGGUGGACUAUUUAUUGCUAAUAACAAAGAAAGACUUGAUGAAUAUAAAAGACUAAUGACGCUUGGUAAAGCAUUUGGUGUUGAAUCACAUGUUCUGAGUCCAGAAGAAACCAAASAAUUAUAUCCACUGAUGAAUGUGAAUGACUUGUAUGGUACACUGUACAGUCAAGGUGAUGGUACCAUUGAUCCAGCUGGAUGGGCAUUGUCAUUAAACAGAGGUGCUACUAAAAGAGGUGCAAAGGUGAUAGAGAAUUGCAGGGUGACAGGAAUCACAACAGAUGUUGAUGACUUUGGCAUGCGCCGAGUGAUGGGAGUUGACACCGACUCUGGUCACAUUAAGACAAAAAAUGUUGUUAAUUGCAGUGGAGUAUGGUCACCUUACAUUGGCUCUCUGGCUGGUGUUAAUGUACCUCUAUGUGCAAUGUACCAUGCUUAUAUUGUAACUGAACGCAUAGAAGGAAUCCAAAAUAUGCCUAACGUCAGGGACCAUGAUGCAGCAGUGUAUCUAAAGUUACAAGGUGAUGGACUUUCUGUCGGAGGAUAUGAACAAAACCCAGUCUUUUGGGAAAAGGUAAAGAAGGACUUUGCAUUUGGUCUGUUUGACCUUGAUUGGGAUGUAUUCAGUGUCCAUAUUGAAGGAGCAUGCAACAGGGUACCAGUUAUUGAACAAACCGGUAUUAAGUCAACAGUCUGUGGUCCAGAAUCCUUCACUGCAGACCAUAAACCCCUCAUGGGAGAGGUACCAGAACUGCGUGGGUUCUAUCUUGGGUGUGGCUUUAAUUCUGCUGGGAUCAUGCUUGCUGGGGGUUGUGGAAGAGAGUUAGCACGCUGGAUAAUAAAUGGCUCUCCAGAUCUGGACUUGCAUGGUUAUGAUAUAAGACGCUUUCAUUCUUCGAUGACUGAUAAUCAAAAGUGGAUCUGGGAGAGAAGCCAUGAGUCGUAUGCCAAGAACUAUGCCAUGGUGUUUCCUCAUGAUGAACCACUUGCAAGUAGGAACAUGAGAUGUGAUGCCUUCCACAAGGUGCUGUUGGAUGCUGGAUGCGUAUAUCAAGAGCGCCAUGGUUGGGAGAGACCUGGGUGGUUCAACAUAUCACAACAACCAGAGGUCAAAGAGUAUGAUUAUUAUGGAUGUUACGACAAGAAGAAGCAUGAAGACUACUUGUACAAUGAACUCUUGAGUCAAGAAUACACCUUUGACUUCCCUCCACAUCAUGACAUUAUCGAACAAGAAGCCAAAGCCUGUAGAACUAGUGCGGCAGUCUUCAACAUGUCAUAUUUUGCAAAAUACUACAUCACUGGACAAGACGCCCAGCAGGCUGUGGACUGGAUCUUCACUGCAAACAUGCAAAAACCUGCUGGAAGUACCACAUACACCUGUAUGACCAACAAGGAUGGGGGAGUUGAAGCUGACUUGACCGUUAGUGUGCUGGAAGAUGGAGAUGGUUCAAGCGUAGUCAGACCACAAUUUGAUGGUGAUGGUUUCUAUGUGGCUAUUGGCGGCGGGGUCGGUCAGCACAGCUGGUCUCAUAUCAAUAAUAUCCUGGCUGAGAAGAAAUUUGAUGUCAAGAUUCAAGACCACACGAACGACAUGGGACUGCUUAGUGUACAAGGGCCGAAAAGUUUGGAAAUCUUGCAGUCUUUAACAACUACAGACCUCUCCACCGAGGCUAUCCCAUUUUCAACUCACAAAGUCAUCAACAUAGCUGGUCAUGAUGUGCGGGUAAUACGCUUGACCUUUGUGGGAGAACUUGGACUUGAACUCCACAUCCCGCGGGAUUCGUGUGUUCCUGUGUACCAUGCAGUCAUGUCUGCGGGAGAGAAUUACGGGAUAGCUAACGCAGGUUAUCGCGCAAUUGAUUCACUGAGCGCUGAGAAGGGAUACAAGCAUUGGCACCAAGAUCUUCGACAUGACGAUACACCACUAGAAGCGGGAUUAGGGUUUACAUGUAAGCUGAAAACAGACACGCCAUUCCUUGGAAGAGAAGCCCUCGAAAAGCAAAAAGAAGAAGGGUUAAAGAAGAAACUUGUCUGCUUUACAAUUGACCAGCCGAAAGCGUUGAUUGGUCUGGAAGUCAUUCACAGGAAUGAUGAGGUCGUUGGCUUUAUUCGUCGUGGAGAUUUUGGAUUUGCCAUUAACAAAAGUAUUGCUUACGGAUACGUCAAGGAUCCUAGUGGCAAGACUGUUAAUAAUAAUUAUCUAAAGGAGGGAAGCUAUACAUUAGAAUCAAUGGGGGAAGUUUUUCCUGCUGAAAUACACCUGAAGGCAYCUUUUGAUCCCAAAAAUCUACGAAUCAAGGGGCAAUACGAAGCAGAGCGCAUUACAGAAAGAAAAUAUAUGAUGAUGUAUUAGAGAACUUAUAAAUAUUUAAGGACUCCGCAUUCAUCUCCAAAUUCUUUAGCCGCAAUGAUAUUUUUACGCGAUCUCUGCCAUUCUCGAAAAAAUUUGGUCUCCCACUUUGUAGCAUAGCUGGUCUUUGCUGGUACUCGCAUUAAGGUAAUUUGAAUCUACUCAUCCUCUCGAAUGCAAGAAAAAAUGCAAAUUUACUUUGAAUUCACAGCCUUUUAAGUAACUCCCACGGAAUUUGUUAAUAAGUCAGCUUUAAUGGUAGUCAAUCUCGCACGUCUAUUGGGAUUCACUAAACUGUAAUUUGUUCAAUAUUGUGAAUAAGAAAAAUCAUUUUAGGUUAAAAUCAACGAAAUUUUCAACCAACUAGCAUUAUUUACACCACAUUAAGGUGGUUGGGUACAGUUUAUAUAGCCGACCGCAUCGAGCUUGUUUAUUCGCUUUGUUUAUAAUGUUGCUUUUAUUAAUUAAUUACAAUGAAACUUUCAUCAAUAUAUUAGACAAUAAUUGUAGUUUAUAAUAAUUAUAUAUUUUUUAAAAUAGCGUUAAAUAAAUCAAAGUUAUA